CUCAAUGAGUCUAUUUCUAUAUGUGAACGGUAUAAUUCCAACAAAAUAGAGGUAAUAUUCAUUGAAUAAAAUAUCCCACCUUACCUCGGGAACUACAAAUCCGACGACUGGAAGGAUUGGGAUAAUGACUUGUCCGAUCUGACUCUCUUCUUUCUCUCUCUACCCGGUUACAGAAGAAAAGCGACUCUUUUCUGCCCAACAACCAAACCUUAUUUACGACACAAGGAAGACAGAGCCGGGAAACGCUCACAUUUCUCCUGGGCUCGCUUUCAUUCUCUCCCAAUCAACAACCACCAAACCGCAAACUGCUUUCCUCCGAGUCGCCCGGCUUUCCGAUUCCGAGGAAGAGUGAGAAAUGGAGAGCGGCGGUGGCGUAGUCGAUCACUUGGCCGACGAGCGGAGCAAGGCUCAGUUCGAUGUCGACGAGAUGAAGGUCGUCUGGGCUGGCUCCCGCCAUGACUUCGAGCUCUCCGACCGCAUCUCUCGUCUCGUCGCCAGUGAUCCGGCGUUUCGAAAGGACAACAGAGUUAUGAUGAGUAGGAAGGAGUUAUUCAAGAAUACUCUGAGGAAGGCGGCCUAUGCCUGGAAGCGAAUCAUUGAGCUUCGUCUUACUGAGGAAGAGGCGAAUAAGUUGAGGUUCUAUGUGGACGAGCCAGCAUUCACCGAUCUUCAUUGGGGAAUGUUUGUGCCGGCUAUUAAAGGGCAGGGGACAGAUGAGCAACAGCAGAAAUGGUUGCCCCUGGCACACAGGAUGCAGAUAAUCGGCUGUUAUGCACAAACUGAACUAGGUCAUGGUUCCAAUGUCCAAGGGCUUGAAACCACUGCAACAUUUGAUCCCCAGACUGACGAAUUUGUCAUUCAUAGUCCCACCUUAACUUCAAGCAAAUGGUGGCCUGGUGGAUUGGGUAAAGUGUCAACCCAUGCUGUUGUUUAUGCACGUCUCAUUACUGAUGGUCAAGAACAUGGAGUGCAUGGUUUUAUCGUCCAGCUCCGUAGCCUGGAUGAUCACAUGCCUCUACCUGGCAUAACAAUUGGUGAUAUUGGCAUGAAAUUCGGGAAUGGUGCCUAUAACACCAUGGACAAUGGUGUUUUGCGUUUCGAUAAUGUGCGCAUUCCGAGAGAUCAAAUGUUGAUGAGGGUACUGCAAGUUACAAAGGAAGGGAAAUGUGUCCAGUCCAAUGUCCCUCGGCAGUUGAUAUAUGGUACCAUGGUUUAUGUGCGACAAACAAUUGUGGCAGAUGCUUCUCGUGCUUUAUCACGAGCAGUUUGUAUCGCCACAAGAUAUAGUGCUGUUCGCAGGCAAUUUGGUUCUCAAAAUGGUCUCGAGACACAGUUGUUUUGGCUGCUUGUUCUGUUCCAGGUGAUUGAUUAUAAGACUCAGCAAAGUAGACUCUUCCCUUUGAUCGCUUCUGCAUAUGCUUUCAGAUUUGUCGGUGAAUGGUUAAAAUGGCUCUACACGGAUGUCACACAAAGACUGCAAGCCAAUGACUUCUCUACUUUGCCCGAAGCACAUGCCUGUACUGCUGGUUUGAAGUCUCUGACUACUUCUGUCACUGCUGAUGCAAUUGAAGAAUGUAGGAAAUUGUGUGGCGGCCAUGGUUACCUUUGCAGCAGCGGGCUUCCUGAGUUGUUUGCAGUCUAUGUUCCUGCCUGUACAUAUGAAGGAGACAAUGUUGUGCUGCUCUUGCAGGUGGCAAGAUUUCUGAUGAAGACUGUUGCUCAGCUGCCUUCUGGAAAGAAACCUGUUGGAACAACAGCUUACCUAGGGCGCGUAGAACAUCUUAUGCAGUAUCGCUGUGGUGUUCAGAAUGCUGAGGAUUGGCUGAACCCUUCUGUGAUACUUGAGGUAUUUGAAGCCAGGGCUGCUAGGAUGUGUGUUAACCGUGCUCAAAAGCUUGGCAGUUUUCCGAACCCUGAAGAGGGUUUUGCAGAACUUUCAGCUUUCUUGGCUGAGGCUGCUGUCGCUCAUUGCCAAUUGAUUGUUGUCUCUAAGUUCAUUGAGAAAUUGCAACAAGAUAUACCAGGUGGGGAAGGGGUGAAACAGCAGUUGCGUAACCUCUGCAACAUUUACGCCUUGAACCUCAUCAACAGACACCUAGGGGAUUUCCUCUCCACUGGUGCCAUUUCUGCAAAGCAAGCUUCCCUAGCAAAUGAUCAGCUUCGGUCAUUAUUCUCUCAGGUUCGUCCCAACGCAAUUGCACUUGUCGAUGCAUUCAACUACACCGACCACUACCUGGGAUCAAUACUUGGGUGUUACGACGGAAAUGUGUACCCGAAACUGUACGAGGAGGCGUGGAAGGAUCCUCUGAAUGACUCUGUUGUCCCCGAUGGCUACCAAGAGUACAUACGCCCCAUGCUGAAGCAGCAGCUCCGCAACGCCAGGCUCUGAAACUCAGUUCGUUCGUGGCUCGUCACAAGUAAUAAAAGAGCAGAAAGAGCAAGGUCUGAGUUCCUGUAUUGAAUUCUGCCAACCGAACUGCCCAGGUUAAGGUGGGGAAAUAAAGUCAUUGCCUUGUGUCUUCUUUUAUAGUUAGUUUGUAACGGCACUUCCGUUAGCAUUCUGAUAGAGUUUAUUCAUCGGCAUCGAAAAUCGUGCCUAGACCACAAAGUCCUUUUAUGUGAUAUAGUUGAGUUGGUACUUUUUAGGCGACGAUUUCAGUAAUAUCCGUUGCUGUUUCUUGCUCGAGUAUUGCGGGUCGAGUAGUGAAUGCUUACUGAUGACCUUGGCAUCCGAAGGAGGAUAGGCAAGUCGUCAUGAUAUGAAAACUACUUGUUAGACGCACACGUCUAGUCACGAUAUCGGAGUCUUAUUUGCGACGACCUAACUGGUGGUAGGACUAGUCUUGGAUUGUGCAUAGAGAAGACGUGAUCAGACUUUUGCUCCAUACGCUCUCCGAAACUGAAGUCGGUGUUUAUGAUUAGUUCACGCG